ACAGCAGACCGGCUGUCCCGAGCUGAGCUGAUCCUUCACUCUCCAGCAGCAGGCUGGAGUCCGCCCGCCGCCUCCCCUUUAUCACCGGCCACCUGCCUCUCUGAGAAUAACACCGCGGCAUCAGGGCGAGCACAGCCAGAGCGAGAAGCCUGUCCUGUGUGCCACCUCUCCGGCUUCCAUUGACCCUCCCCUCUCCCUCCUUCACUCUGCCCGCCGGUGUGCGUCCUGCGGGAGGACCGGCUGCUGCUGCGCACAGGACGCGCUUGGCGACCCGGGUUUGUUUGUCGUUACCAGGAGAGGAGCGCUCAGCUCAGCGGCCACAGGCAGAGCUGCGACGGCUCUCACUGAACCGGGCUGCCCCCUCAGAGGAGCCACUUGCAUGGAGGCACCAUGGCCACGUUUGUCUGCAGGGUUCAGUUCUUAGACGACACCGAUCCGUUCAACAGCACCAAUUUCCCAGAACCGACGAGACCCCCGCUGUACACCUUCAGAGAAGAUAUCCCCCUCAUCAACCAGUUAGCAGGCGUCCACCGGCUCCUCAAAGCCCCACACAAGCUUGAUGACUGUACGCUGCAGCUCUCCCACAAUGGCACCUAUCUGGAUCUGGAGUCCUCCCUGGCUGAGCAAAGGGACGAGCUGGAGGGUUUUCAGCAGGAUGACACGGGGUCCAGAGGGAAGAAGCACAGCGUUAUUCUACGGACCCAGCUGACUGUCCGCGUACACGCCUGCAUCGAAAGACUGUAUAACUCUAAUGGACGUGACUUGAGAAGGGCACUGUUCUCUCUAAAGCAAAUCUUCCAGGAUGACAAAGAUCUGGUCCAUGAGUUUGUGAUGGCUGAAGGUCUGACGUGUCUCAUCAAGGUGGGAGCCGAGGCUGACCAGAACUACCAGAACUACAUAUUGAGAGCUCUGGGGCAGAUCAUGCUGUAUGUAGACGGGAUGAACGGUGUCAUCGGCCACGCUGAGACAAUCCAGUGGCUGUACACUCUGGUUGGCUCAAAGUUCCGCCUGGUGGUGAAAACAGCUCUGAAGCUGUUGCUGGUGUUUGUGGAGUACUCCGAGUCCAACACGCCACUGCUGAUAGAAGCCAUCACCUCUGUGGACACCAAGAGAGGCAGCAAGGCGUGGGCCAACACCAUGGAGAUCUUGCAUGAGAAGGAUGGCGUUGACACAGAGCUGCUGGUCUACGCCAUGACCCUCAUCAAUAAGACGCUGGCGGCACUGCCUGACCAGGAUUCCUUCUACGACAUGGUGGACGGUCUGGAGGAACAGGGCAUGGAGACAGUGUCCCAAAGACAUCUGGGGCGGAAAGGCACUGAUCUGGACUUGGUUGAGCAGCUCAACAUUUAUGAGAUGACUCUGCGGCAUGAAGAUGGCGACGAUGACAGCCAGCCUCCACCUGCGGGUCGCCGAGACCGCCGGCGGGUCAGCCUCGGGAGCGGGGACAAAAAGCGCGGCCUGGAGAGGAGGCGGAGCCGCAGGGCCUCUCUCGGCCGAUCUGGUCACGCAUCCCCCUGCAGCCCAGCGUCCCCGCAGAGAGCCGGCUUCCAGCCUUUUAAUGGACAGAGAGCCGAGGACAUGAGCGAGAGAGCACUGUCAGGUUUCCUUCCAUCCAUAGAGGAGGAAUGUGAGGAUGGCAUGGAGGAGGAGGAGGAGGAGGAGGAGGAGGAGGAGGAGGAAGAGGAGACUCCAGUGACUGAGUCUGACUCGGAUGAGGAGGAGGGGGCUGAUACAGUGUCUAAAGAGACCACCCCCAGCCCGGCUAGACCUCUUCCAUCUAUAGUUCACCGAACAACCCUCCAGUCCAUCACCAUCACCUCAAGAAAGGAGAACAUAAAGGACGAGGAGCAGAGGAAUCGGACUGAACCCACCAUCCACUCCCCCUCCUCUCCUGCCUCCUCUCUCCCCAUCUCCUCCCCUCUUAGCCCCCCAGCCCAACCCUCCCUCCUGGCCUCCCUGCUGGCAAGGAAGAGGUCCAUCGUCACCGUCCCGGCCACCAAGGAGGUCAGCCCGCCGUUGCGCGGCAUCUCCCGCCCCUCCCCCGACCGCCUGCCCUACCUUCCCCACUCGCCCUUCCACCUCUUCUCCUACGACCUCGACGAGGAGCCGUCGCCCCCGGCUUCGGCUAAAACCAGCGAGGAGUCGCCUAAAACAACGUCUCCCAGGAAUGGAGGUGUCAUGUCCUAUGCCUCUGUCAGUACGCCGAGUACGCCCACCAGCCCCAGGCCUGCUUUGGGAGGUCUUCUCUCCUCCUCUUAUCGGCAACACCAGGAAUCACUGGCGGCCGAGCGAGAGCGCCGCCGUGUGGAGAGAGAGGAGAGACUGCAGAGGAUAGAGAGAGAGGAAAGGAACAAGCACAGUCGCGACUAUGUGGAUAAAAUGGAAGAGGCCAGGCUUGCGCGGGAGGAGAGGUAUAAGAACGUGGAGCGUCUGGCAGCAGAGGAGUUCGAGCGGGACCGUGUCCGGGUGUCAAGGACUCGCCCUGACCUCAACCUGAACUUUGAACCCUCGGAGGCCUGGCCCUCGUCAUCGCGCAGCAGCACCCCGUCCUCGUUCGCCUCCCAGGAGGACACAGAGGCUGACCUCGAAUCCGGGACCCCCGCCACCCCCAACACGCCCUCUGAGACUGGAGAGGCUGAUGACUCCAGUGCCAGUGUAGAAGCAGAGGAAAAAGAGGCCCCCGCUGAAGAGGAGGAAGAGCAGAAAGAGGAGGAAGAAGAGGAGGAAGUACAAGAGGAAGCGACAGCAGAAAAGGAGGAGGAAGGCGAGGAGUGCGAGCAGGAGCCGGAGAAGGAGAAAGAGGAGGUGGAGGUAGAGGCGGAGGCGGAGGCGGAGGCAGAGGAGGACAGCGGCAUCCUGAGUGACAAGGAGCGACAGAAUGAGGAGGUGAACGAGAAGGACAACUGCUCGGCCUCCAGCAUCUCCUCGGCCAGCAGCACUCUGGAGAGAGAGGAGAGGGCCAGCAAUGAGAAUGGCUUUAAGGAGGAAGAGGUGAACGAGCAGUGCAGCAAGCUCCUCAACAGCAAGCUCUUCAUGCUGGACAUGCUGUACUCCCAGAACAAGAAGCCCAGUGAUGAGGAGGAGGAGGAGGAGGAUGGGGAGAAGGAGAAAGAGAAAGAAAAAGAAGAGCGGGAGGAUAAAGAAACCCAGGAGGACGCUGGCAGCCGACUGGAAGGUGACCAGGAGAGCGACAACAGGGCCGACAGCUCCGAUCACCACGGGAGCAUCCGACCGUUAGCAGAGCGGUUUGGAAACUUGAUCAAGGACCUCGUUUCACCCCACCCUCACCUGGAAUGCCCGGCCAACGAGCCCCCACCUCCCCCACCCAAAAAGGAAUCAGACACGAUCUGGGACCAGCUCCUGGCCAGCCCUCGAGAGCUGCGCAUCGGGGACAUCAACUUCACCGACCUGACGGAGGAGGACGACAAGGACAUUCUGGAUGCUGUUUUGAUGGGAGGGUGCAGCGACCUCCCGCCCCCGCCCCCUCCUCCGCCCUUCAUCCAUCGCUUCCCUCCACCACCUCCCAUGCUAGGCAGCUGCCCCCCACCCCCUCCCUUGAUUGGUAUAAUGAGGCCUCCACCUCCACCUUCAUUUUGUGCCCCGCCGAUUCCAGGGCCUCCUCCCCCGGAGCCGCCUCUCUUCAACAAGAAGAAGAAGACGAUCAGGCUGUUCUGGAACGAGGUGCGUCCGACCGACUCUCAGUACAGCGACUACAAGCGGAGUGGAGACUCGUUCUGGUCCAAGCUGGAACCAGUGAAGUUGGACACGGCCAAACUGGAACACCUGUUUGAGACGAAAUCAAAGGAGAUACCAGUUACAAAGAAAACAGCAGCGGACGGCAAGCGGCAGGAGAUCAUCGUCUUGGAUUCCAAGAGGAGUAACGCCAUCAACAUCGGACUGACGGUGCUGCCUCCUCCUCGAACGAUCAAGACAGCCAUACUUAACUUUGACGAGUACGCGCUCAACAAGGAGGGCAUAGAGAAAAUCCUGACGAUGAUCCCCACCGAGGAGGAGAAGCAGAAGAUCCAGGAGGCCCAGCUGGCCAACCCUGACGUCCCGCUGGGCUCAGCAGAGCAGUUCCUCCUCACUCUGUCCUCCAUCAGCGAGCUCUCCGCCAGGCUCCAGCUCUGGGCCUUCAAGAUGGACUAUGAGGCAACUGAGAAGGAAGUAGCGGAGCCGCUGCAGGAUCUGAAGGAAGGUAUGGAGCAGCUGGAGAAGAACAAAACUCUACGUUACAUCCUCUCCACGCUGCUCUCUAUCGGAAACUUCCUCAACUGUUCCAAUGCUAAAGGCUUCGAGAUGACGUAUCUGGAGAAGGUCCCGGAGGUGAAGGACACGGUUCACAAGCAGUCUCUGCUGCAUCACGCCUGCUCUGUGGUGGUGGAGAACUUCCCUCAGAGCACCGACCUCUACUCGGAGAUCGGAGCCAUCACACGUUCUGCAAAAGUGGAUUUCGACCAGCUGCAGGAGAACCUGUGUCAGAUGGAGCGCCGCUGCAAAGCCUCAUGGGACCACCUGAAGGUGAUCGCCAAGCACGAGAUGAAGCCCCAGCUGAAGCAGAAGAUGUCCGACUUCCUCAAAGACUGUGCAGAGAGGAUCAUCAUCCUCAAGAUUGUUCACCGCAGGAUCAUCAACAGGUUCCAUUCGUUCCUGUUGUUCCUCGGUCACCCGGCCUACAGCGUGAGAGAGAUCAGCGUCCACAGGUUCAGUAAAAUCCUCAGCGAGUUUGCACUGGAGUACCGAACCACCCGAGACCGCGUGCUGCAGCAGAAACAGAAACGAGCCGACCACCGCGAACGCAACAAGACCAGAGGGAAGAUGAUCAUGGACGUCAACGCUCCUUCUGAUGAUGAAGAAGAGAGUGAGUGUGCUCGGUACGGCUCCAGCAGCAGCAGCGGCGCCCCCAGUGGCAGCCAGGACAGCGAGCAGCCUCAGGGUCUGGGCCACGCUGAGGAUGCUGUAGAGCACGAGAACAUGAAAGCCGUGCUGAGGACCAGCGUCAGCGGCGGAGACAAGGAGGCAAGCGGAGUACCGGGGCUUCGAACACGGACAAGAUCCCGGCCUGGACGGGGAGGCCGCAGCAUGCCGGCAUGGGCGCCACCCGCAGACGACACUCAGAUCUGUGGGGACGACGCCGCAGACGAGAUCAUGGAGCGUAUAGUGAGGUCGGCCACUCAGGGUCCAGGAACCAGAGCCCAGCCCCGAGAGAGGAGGAGGUCCAGAGCCAACCGCAAAUCACUGAGGCGGACUCUGAAGAACGGUCUGACCCCGGAGGAGGCUCUUGCUUUAGGACUAACCGAUUCUCCGGACACAUAAAUAUGAUCAUCAAGCCUCCUGCUAACUGUCCUAAUUGCCGUGGAAACACAGCUGCGGUCACCAGAGCGACACCUCUGUCCGCCACCUGCCUUCGCCACACUUCACAGAGUUGUAUUCCACCUGUCACAAAGCCCUUUAGGUUUUUGCCAGCUGCUAAUUUUGCCUGACGUGUCCGAGUGAUGAAGCUGCAGCCAUGAUACUGGUGUUUCUUUUUUUUUCAACACAGAGAAAAAGUGUCAGUUUAUUAUUUAUCUAAACAUAUUUGAAAUGUUGCAUUAGUCCAAAGGGAUACGAUUUGCUUGUGAGUUUCUGCAGCUGUGACUUCACCUUUUCUCAUUUAUUUAAGCUGUGAAUUUCAGUUGUAAAGAUCAACAGGCUGAGGAUCUAAUUCGGUCUCUUAUCCAGUUUGAAAGAAUCCUAAGAGAUCAGCACAAAGAGGCUAACUGAGAACAAUGAAGAGUUUGCUUCUCUGCAGCUACACGUUACAAGUGACGGGUGUGUAUUAGUGGGAACGUGAAGGGUUUUCAAUCUGAUGUGUGCCUUUCAUUAAAAAGGGACGACACUGUACCUUUACGCCAUCUCGCCCUCUUGUUUCCUGCACUUCCCACUUCUCAGAACUCACAGACGUCACGUCCACAGGCGUAGUUGAUUACGAUUAAUUCAUUUUUUUGGGUGGGGGGCAGAAUUUUUCUCCGUAUUUAUUUGCAGCAGCUCACACAUCUUGCACCUUACUCAACAUUGAUGCUGAAAUGAAAUGACUGACUCAAAACACAAAGAAAAUUGACGUUUUGAUCUCAGAGGAACUGUUUGUAAAGUGUAAAAAGACAAAAGAAUAAAGACUUUUUUUUUUAAAAUUUUAAUAAUCUAUUUUGAAGGACAUGCAGAGAGUUCUGCAUACAAUGUGUAAAUGCCCUUUUCAGCUGCCAGGUACUGAAUACUGUAGUACUACAGUGUGCAUGUUUAGUGCGGUUCAUGUGAUGUAUUAUUUUUGUAAUUUUCUUCUGUAGAAACUUGUAUUAUAGUCCGAGAUACAGAGAGGCUAUUCUGUGAAUUGUUAUAAAAGACGUGCUCGUAGCUGAACUAUGUGUUGAGAGAGGGGAGCGGUGUUUGGACAUUCGCUUUGAACUCUGUGGUCACAUUGUACUUUGUAUGAACUUGAACAGGUUGUGGGUGAAGUGAGUCCCAGCUGAACCAUCUGCUCCUCUCACAGUACGACAGAAAACUGGGAAAUAUCACGAAAACCAUGGUUACAUACACUUUCACUUGAAAUGCUGUGUAUACACAUUCUGCAAUAAAAACGAGUGGGGAAAAAAAGGACG